CAUAAAUAUAAUAGACCAAAAGGGGCCCCAAUUACUGUUUUUUUUUUUUUUGGAGGCCCAACAUGAUGGCUGAGGAAAGCCAGACCUAAUACGCUCUAUCUUAUCACUUUAAUAUAGCGCCCAAUAAAUAAAGCCCAAUAGCUGAGCUGAUCGAUCAUGGCAUCUCUUAUCUUCUCGCCAUUGCGCUUCACUUGCACUGCUUCCAAUUUUCACUUCCCUUUCUCAGGCCCUAGAAUCAGAGUUUGCGUCUCGCCUUCCCGCCGUGUCUGGACUAGGUCUUCGAAAUCAAUGAGUGAAUCCGCUGGACCGGAAUCACUGCCUCCUCAGGACCAAGACGGCGUCAAGACAGAGAACUCCGACGUCCUCGUUCAGUACGUUGUGCUCCGGCGAGACCUAAUCGACACGUGGCCGCUCGGAAGCGUCGUGACACAGGGCUGCCAUGCCUCCGUUUGUGCCAUUUGGUCCCACAGAGACGAUCCUCACACCGUCGACUAUUGUAGUGCCCAGAAUAUUGAUUCUAUGCAUAAGGUUACUCUCGAAGUGAAGGGUGAACCUCAGAUAUUGAACUUGUCAGAAAAGCUAACAACUGCUGGCAUAACUCACAAGCUGUGGUUAGAACAACCCGAGAACAUUCCGACAUGCCUUGCUACGAAGCCCUACCCCAAAUCUGUAGUUUCAUCAUUUUUCAAGAAGUUGAAACUCUGUAAGUGAUGUAACCUUAAAAUUUUGACCAUCCCAAUUAUAUUUGAUGUGGGUGUUGUUAGGAAAUGACUUGAACUAGUGGCUGACAUGCUUAGAUUUGAAUUCAAUUUUAUCUCAACAACUGAAGUAAAGCUUGAAAUCUGAUUAGCAGCCCACACGCAGGGUAGUAUAUGUUGUUCAUGCCUGUCUGAAUGAUUGGGACUGUAGAGAAGAUAAAAUGAUAGUGCAAGGCAUGAUCAUCGAGGGGAAUGAUCUCCUUGAAAACUCACAUUCAAGCAGAACAAGUCGGCCACGCUUUACUAAUGUCCUGUCCUGAAAACGGGAUCAUAGACUGGCCUGGAUCUAAUGAAACCUUAGACUAACAAGAAAAAACCUCUUUCUACUUCUCAACUACUUAUAAAAAAGUUCAAAAAUAGUAUGAUACAGAAACUUUUAUGGACCAACGGAUAUCAGUACAUGGUAAAGAAAGGG